AUGUAUACGGCGAGUUGCUCGGAGGGGGUUGGAAGAUCCGUUUUGGAGUCGAGGAAGCAGGAAACGUCACCGUCAACCAUUUUACUAUGCUUGGAAGCCGCGGGCCCGAGAGAGUGGACAUUAGGGAAGCCCAGCAGACGUAAAAGGGAGAUGGAAGAAGGG